AUGUUACGGCCACCUCAGCGCUUACUUGGUAACCAGCCGGCACAAUUCAGAACUGAUUUAAAGGAAUAUUCAUCUGCAAUUGUUCCGUUGUUAGCGCGUAAAGAACAUCAUAAUGAUUCAAAUUCGAAUACUAAUAACCCAGCCAGAGCCCUUUCAAAUAACGAACGCAUUAUAAAUAUAACAUCACAACUCAAUUUACGUCAGAUUUUUAAAUUAUAUGAUACACAAGUAAGAUCAUCAAUAGAUAUUGGAACCAACAAUCGCGAUCCACUCACUGAUUUUACAUUUUAUCCACCAGAAGACAUAAUGAACACAGAAUUACCAAAAAGUUUAGAACUGAUAAAUGACGUUUAA